AGCGAGAGAGAGAGAGAGUAAUCAAAGCAAAAGAGUUUCUGACCCAGCAAGUAACAUUUUAUCAAUAAUAAUUAUCCGAUUCCUUUUUGAAUCCCGACGCAACAAUGGAGAACUCCAGCAUUUGUAUACGUAUCGCCUUCACUAAUCUCAUACCAAAGGCUUGUUCUCUUGGUCUCCUCCUUUGUUGAAACCGAACAAUCCUUGUUGUCUUUAGUUCAGGAAGGAGGCACAACGUCGGAGCUAUGAUUCUGUCAGCACUUUUAACUUCAGUGGGAAUCAACCUUGGCCUCUGUUUCCUCUUCUUCACUUUGUAUUCCAUAUUGAGAAAGCAGCCUGGUAAUGUCACCGUCUACGGUCCACGGCUUAUUCAAGCUGGCAAAUCUCAGCAGACAAAUGCCUUCAACCUCGAGAGGCUUUUGCCUACUGCUGGUUGGGUCAAAAGAGCUUUGGAGCCUACCAACGAAGAGAUCCUCUCCAAUCUUGGCUUAGAUGCUUUGGUCCUCACUCGUGUCUUUGUCUUCAGUAUACGAGUGUUUAGCUUUGCUUCUGUGGUUGGGAUCUUCAUCCUUCUUCCAGUGAACUAUAUGGGUACUGAGUUUGAAGAGUUUUUCGACCUUCCAAACAAGUCUCUUGAUUCCUUCAGCAUCUCUAAUGUUAACGAUGGAUCAAACAAGUUGUGGAUUCACUUUUGCGCAAUUUACAUCUUCUCCGCGGUUGUUUGCUAUCUGCUCUACUGUGAGCACAAAUAUAUUUCAUCAAAGCGGAUUGCUCAUUUUUAUUCAUCCAAGCCUCAGCCGCAAGAGUUCACGGUUCUGGUCAGUGGCGUCCCUCUUGUGUCUGGAAACAGUAUCAGUGAAACUGUGGAAAGCUUUUUCAGGGAGUAUCAUUCUUCCACUUAUCUUUCUCACGUUGUUGUUCAUCGGACUGACAAGUUAAAGGUUCUCAUGAAUGAUGCUGAGAAGCUAUACAAGAAACUUACUCGAGUGAAAUCAGGAAGCAUAUCUCGUCAGAAGUCUAAGAGGGAUGGGUUCUUAGGGAUGUUUGGGAAGAGAGUUGAUGUGGUUGAUCAUUACGAAAAGAAGCUCGAGAAGUUAGAAGACGACAUGAGGUUGAAACAGUCUUUACUAGCCGGAGAGGAAAUUCCAGCGGCUUUCGUUUCCUUUAGGACAAGACAUGGUGCUGCAAUAGCAUCAAACAUUCAGCAAGGAAUGGAUCCAACACAAUGGCUAACUGAGACAGCCCCGGAGCCUCAAGAUGUUCACUGGCCAUUUUUCACCGCAUCGUUCGUGAGGAGAUGGAUCUCCAACGUGGUGGUAUUCGUGGCUUUCGUAGCUCUGAUAAUCCUAUACGUUAUCCCUGUUGUAUUGGUUCAAGGUCUUGCUAAUCUUCACCAGUUAGAAACAUGGUUCCCUUUUCUUAAAAGCAUACUAAAUAUGAAAAUUGUGAGUCAAGUGAUUACAGGAUACCUUCCGAGUCUAAUUUUCCAGCUUUUCCUUAUGAUAGUACCACCCGUUAUGCUUCUACUUUCCUCAAUGCAAGGAUUCAUUUCUCAUAGCCAGAUUGAGAAAUCUGCGUGUAUCAAGCUUCUAGUCUUCACUGUGUGGAACAGUUUCUUUGCAAAUGUACUCUCCGGAUCUGCUCUUUAUCGUGUUAAUGUGUUCCUUGAACCUAAGAACAUUCCCCGUGUGCUUGCUGCAGCUGUUCCAGCACAGGCAUCGUUCUUUAUAUCUUAUGUUGUGACCACUGGGUGGACUGGUUUAUCAUCAGAGAUCUUCCGUUUGGUUCCUCUUCUCUAUAGUUUUAUGACGAAACUCUUCUGUAAGGAAGAUGAAAAAGAGUUUGAGGUCCCUCCCACUCCCUUGUGCCAAGAAAUCCCAAGGAUUCUCUUUUUUGGACUUCUUGGUACAACUUACUUCUUCCUCUCGCCGUUGAUACUGCCUUUCUUGUUGGUCUACUUUUGUCUUGGAUAUGUCAUCUACCGCAACCAGCUCCUAAACGUAUAUGAGGCCAAGUAUGAAACUGGUGGGAAGUUUUGGCCAAUAGUACACAGCUCCACUAUCUUCUCUUUGGUGCUAAUGCACAUUAUUGCAAUUGGAUUAUUCGGCCUUAAAAAGCUUCCAUUAGCAUCUUCUUUAACGAUUCCCCUCCCGGUUCUCACCCUCCUUUUCAGCAUCUACUGCCAGAGACGAUUCUUGCCCAAUUUCAAAUCUUAUCCUACGGAGUGUCUAGUAAACAAAGACAAAGCAGACGAGAGAGAAGAGAACAUGUCUGAAUUCUUUUCUGAACUCGUGGUUGCAUACCGUGAUCCUGCGCUAUCGGCAUCGCAGUACUCACGGGACAUGUCACCUGAGGAUCCUCCGCUUCUUCGUUCAUAUCAAUCCUGAGAAGGAAAACAAAAAACAUUCUUAGACCAAGUCUUUUGCUUGAGCUUUUGGAAGUUUGCUUAUGAUGUUGAAACAGUGUUGGUUACUACAUGCUCGGUUUGAGCUCUUUAACCGAUGAAACGGGUCGCUUGUGGUUUGGCUCUUAACCGAUAACAAACCAGUUUAUUUUGUUUACA